UGACAUUAAUCACGAUUCGUAAUGAAUCGUGUUUUAUCGUCAAGUGUAAUCGACAGAACACUAUGUAACUAUACAUUUUUAAAACAUGAACACUGAAUAAGUCUUUAAUUUUGAAAUAGCUGUUUCGCUACAGUUUGUGCUAUGUGGCGCCCAGCGGCGUCUCUUUUUUGGCGCGUGCAGUGUUUACCAUCCUUGGUAGUAGCUCUGCAGUCUACACGUGCUUUACAUUGAGAAGUGCGAAAAAUAUUGCCAAGUCUGGAAAUGAGCAGCUCGAUCAGUUGAGAUCUCUCUCUAUCUCCCUUUUCCUUCUCCUCCUUCGAUGUGGAUGCGGAUUUGUCAUCGUUAGCGUAGCUGCAACAGUCAUGAUUUGCAAUCCGAGGUGAAAUAGCUAAUAUGUAGUCUAAGUUAGAAACAAGUAAGCAGUACGAAAUAGUAUUGAGAAUUGAAUUCAUCCAAUUUUCUUUUAAUGAAGAUCUACAUGAGGUUGUUUCAAGCUUUUGAAAAAAAUUUAUUAGUACUGGAGGAAUGCUUACCAUCCAAUUUGGUCAAUGUGGAAAUCAGUUGGGACACUCGUUAUUCAAACAAUUAUCUGUAGAUUUAGAUGCUAAGGACACAGGAAUUACAAAACAAGCAAAUAGUAUUUAUACAGAGCAAAGUUUUGAAAAAUGGUUCACAAGUAUAAACAAAGAUGGAAAGCAUUUAGCAAGAGCAAUAUUAGUUGACACUGAGCACAAAGUUAUAAAUAAAGUCUGUAACCAUUCUCAGAGCCGUUGGACUUAUCCUCACAAAAAUUUGAUAUAUCAAGCUAGUGGAGGAUCAGCUAACAAUUGGGCAUAUGGCUCAAUGAUCAAGGGUCCAGAAUUACAGGAGGAAAUUUUAGAAGUCACAAGAAGAGAAAUUGAAAAGACUGAUUCCUUCGAUGGCAUAUUAAUGUUGUUGAGUUCAGCAGGUGGCACAGGCUCUGGAGUUGGAAGUUUCACAGCUGAUCUUUUACGAAAUGAAUUUCCUAACAAAAGUAUUAUUAGUUCAAUUGUGUUGCCAUUUAGCACGGGUGAAGUUGGAGUGCAAAAUUAUAAUACUUUGCUGUCAUUAGCCAGAUUUUGUGAAACUAUUGACUUGAAUCUUUUAUUUCAAAAUGAACAGAUUCAUCAGAUUUGUACUAGUGUCUUAAAGAACAAUGAUGCCAAAUUGAUUGACAUUAAUGAUAUCAUAUCGAAAAAGUUAUGUGCUACAUUUCAACCUGUAAAUAAUUCAUGGUGUACUGCAAAUUUUUUAUCCUCAACUGUGGCUUGUCAUCCGAAUUACAAGCUUGCAACAAUUAAAAGUACACCUUAUAUAUCACCCUCAAUAAGUCAGUAUGAAACAUCUUACAAUUGGAAAAUUUACAUGCAGCAUUUAAAGCAAACUUUGAGAGUUUCUAAUAAAAUGGAUCCUGAAGUUAAAGCACCAUCUUAUUCUUCAAAUGCAAAAUCCUCUCAGGCUCACUACAAAUCUGUAUCAAAUGUUGUAAUAUCUCGAGGCAAAGUUAAUGAAAUUGAUAAAAUUGUAUGUGAUGACUUACACAGUAAAGAGCUUUAUGUUGAUUGGAUUUCUUCUUCAGAUAGAUUGACUCAUUUACAUCAAGAAAGAAGACUCCUUAAUCAAGAGAAAUUUUUAGCACUUGUUACGAACAACUCUCAAAUACAUCAAACACUGGAUAAUAUUGUGGACAAGGCAUGGAAAACUUACACCCAUUCUGCAUUCUUGCAUCAAUAUAAAAAAUUUGGAUUAGAGGAAGAUGACUUUUUAGAAGCUUUUGCAAAGAUUGAAAAUGUAAUUAAAGAUUACAAAAAUCUUUGAGCUUCCAGAAAAAAAAAGUUCAAACAAAUUAACCAUUAGACAGUACGAGAUCAAAUCAGUGCCAUUUUGAAUAUUAAUAUAUUUUUAUAGCGAUGUAUUUUUCAACUUGACGCGUAGAUGAGAGAUCUUUGAAAAGAAAGAAGAAAAUCAUGGACGACUUUGCCAAUAUAUAUUUAUAAUUGUCUAGUCAAUUUGAAAAUUGUCGAUAUAGAAGAAUCUGACGUUAACCCAUUGACUUGCCAACUCUUAUGGAUAGAUGGCUCUCAUCUGCUAUUUUUUAUAAAAAAACAUACUUUAAUGCAAUGUAUAAAAGUGAUCAAUCAGAUUUAUUUA